GUAAUAAGAACUGCCAUUGAGACUUUCACGAAUACAAAAGUUGCAACACUUUAAUCCAGAUAUUCGCUCUUCUAAUAACGCACUUGGGAAACCUGAGCAAUGUCUACGCCUAAAAGAAUCGUUAUMCCAGUAGACGGUAGUUCGCACAGUGAAAAAGCAUUUGAGUGGUAUGCUAAUAACAUUCAUGAUAAAGGUUCAGAAGUUCUAGUCCUACAUGUACAGGAGCCUCCAAUUGCAACCUCCACACCCUACCCAUAUGGUGGAACAGUUUUACCAAGUGAGUGGAAUGCAGCAGUUGACAAAAGUAUUGCAGAGUCUGCAAAAAUCAUUGAUUUCUACAACAAGAAGUGCCAUCAAAUGGGGGUAAAAUGCAGAUUGUACAAGGGAAAUGGAAAACCAGGCGAAUCAAUAUGUCAACUUGCCACUGACUAUGAUGCUGAUCAAAUAGUAAUGGGUUCUAGAGGAUGUGGAACUGUACGYCGRACACUUUUAGGCAGUGUUAGUGACUACUGUGUUCAYCACAGUGGGAUUCCAGUGACUGUUAUCCCUCCAGAACACUCUAAUGUAAAUCAAUAGGCAAAUAUUCUCUUAGGGGUUGGACAUUUUAUUCAAAUGGUUGUUUUUACAUUUUGCAAAUGAUAUAAUCUUAUUAUAAGUUAUGUCACAGGCACAGGUGGGUCAUUUAGAUGGGUUUAUGAUAAACUGUUUUAAUUUAUAACUUAUGUUCAUAAAACACCUUUUAAAAUAUGCACAGAGUGACUCCUUUGGGAACAGUGUCAUUCUCGAGGCCACUAGAGUCUUUUGUCAGCAAUCUACUGACACCAGGCCAAUCAUGGCCAAUAUAGACCAGGCUCAUUGAAUUCUGCUGGAUUUCAAAAGUUCAGGCUCUGUAUAGUAUAUGAGAUUGGAACAGCAUUCUCUAGUCCUUGCUCACCCAGGAUCUGCUUGCUCUUACUCUUGCAUCAGGAACAUCUGGGUAUACUGCUUUUUAUAUAGAGAAGCUUGUGCACAUUAUAAAKUAAACAAUUGAUAACAAAAACUGUGGUUUAAUAUCUCAGUUAAUAGUGCUUAAUUGAGCAAUAAAAAGAUAGUUCAUGUAGGAAGUUCUMAAAAACAAUAUUUGAAAAAUAAACAAAUAAAUCAGACUUUA